AUGUGGACGACCAGCGCCAGCAGCAGCAAUGAAGCCCAAAGCGAUCGGCCAACAGUUCAAUUUCCGUGGAGACUUCACGAACUCUUGACGGAAGCAGAAACGAACGGAAACGAUGCGAUAAUAUCGUGGAUUCCUGGCACUAACAAUGCGUUCAAGGUGAAGAAUAAGGAAAAGUUUACCAAUGAAAUCCUUCCAGAGUAUUUUAAUGCAACGAAAUACAAGUCGUUUCAGCGCAAUUUAAAUCUUUGGGGUUUUGAAAGCAUCACCGAGGGUCCAAACAAAGGUGGUUGCCAACAUCCCAUCUUCAUUCGGGGGGACAGAGCAAAGUGUCACUACAUGACUCGUCGGAGAGUAAUCUCAAACGCAAAUGAAAGUCUACACCGUGCGGUUCAAGCACAGGAGCUCAUGCGGCGCUGGGGAAUGUUCGAUUUUUAUUUCAGAAACGGGCCUCAGGAUAGAAUCAAUGCAGAGGACGGUCGUGUCUCAAACGCAAACGCAAACGAUGAGGCUUGA